AUGGAAGAUCUCAGCCUUACCGGACGAAGAAGAGACAUUACGGAAAUAAAGCCAGUGCAACUAGCACUUAUCUCAAUUGACUCAUCCAAGGACCUAUUACAGCAUUACUCAAGUUGGAAAAAACUUGUUCGGGCAAUUGCUUGGCUGAACAGAUUCGUCGAAUAUCGAAAGACGAAGGGAAGUGGGACCAAUGCGACUAAAUAUUUGGUUUUAUCUGAACUAAGGUCAGCAGAGAAAAUAUUAAUCAAACGAGCACAAGCCGAUGAGUUUUCAUUGGAGCUCCUAGCAAUGCUUAAACAAAAGGAAAUUCCAAAAGGUAGCAAACUCAAAGGGUUAUGCCCAAUACUGCGAACGGACGGCCUAAUAGUGGUAGGAGGAAGACUUGAAAAUGCAGACCUUGGUGAGAAUCAGAUACACCCAGUUGUUCUACCAGCAAAACAUAAGAUAACAAGACUAAUUUUCGAGGACUAUCAUCAAACACUCCUCCACUGUGGACCGCAAAUGCUACUAGCAGAAGUUAGACAAUGUUACUGGCCCUUAAGGGGUAGGAUAAUGGCUCGUUCUACAGUAACACGCUGUGUCAAUUGCGUUCGUGCAAGACCAAGAUUUGAACCCCCACUUAUGGCCCCUUUACCAAGGCAAAGAGUGCAAAUGUCGCGCCCAUUUACCGUAACUGGUGUAGAUUUUGCAGGGCCAUUACAAAUUCAAAUUGGCAUACGUCGCGUGACAACAAAGAAAGCAUGGAUAGCGGUGUUUGUAUGUUUUUCUACAAGAGCUAUACACUUAGAACCCGUCGUAGGCUUAACAAGCGAAGCCUUCCUUGCAGCCUUACGUAGAUUUAUGGCGAGACGUGGAAAAAGCACCAAGAUCUACAGCGAUAAUGCAACAAACUUCGUGGGUGUGCAAAAAGAGCUAAAGACAUAUUUAGAAAACAGUGAAAGGUACAUGGCUGACGAAGGAGUUCAAUGGCAUUUUAAUCCACCAUCGGCACCACACUUCGGUGGCCUUUGGGAAAAUGCUGUAAAAAGUACUAAGCAUCACUUAUAUCGGGUAAUCAAGGACAGUCGGCUGAAUCUGGAGGAGUUGCAAACAUUGCUAUGCCAGAUUGAGGCAUGUGUCAACUCACGGCCUAUGACACCACUAAGUAGUGACCCAGGAGAACCCAAUGCCCUUACACCAGCUCACUUCCUCAUCGGUGGCCCACUGCUCCUACCACCUGAACCGGAAAUACCAAGUGAGAUAGUUAGCAAUCUCCGUCGCUGGAAGCAUGUCCAAGGAUUGAUGCAGAUAUUCUGGAAACGCUGGCAUAAAGAGUAUCUACCUCAGCUCCAGGUUCGAGGGCGAUGGGUUUACACCCAGAAAAAACAUGAGUGUAGACGACAUAGUAGUUAUAAAAGAAGACUGCACACCACCUACAAAAUGGAAGCUGGGACGCAUAAUGCAAGUACACCCAGGUAUCGAUGGAAUAGUCAGAGUGGUUACCUUACGGACGUCAACUCAAGCAGAAGUGCGCCGACCAGUCGCAAAGUUAUGCCGACUGCCAACAGAUGCCGAGAUCCAAGUUGA